AUGAGAUGUCUCAGACAACUUUGUUCCUGCUCAUCUUCCACUGCAUCUGUUACUAGUACUAGUUCUUUAACUCCCUUCAAUAACAUUAUUCGAGCAUCUCUUGAAAAGGGGUCUCCUCGAAAAGCUCUAUUGGAUUACCAGACCAUUUUCAGCUCGAUUUCUGUGUUGCCUGAUUUUCAAACCAUUUCUUAUGCACUUGAAGCUUGCAAAAUUUUAUCAGAUGACAGAACUGUAGUACAGUUCCAUACCAGAAUGUUAAAAUCUGGGUUCGAUUCACACCCAUCUCUUUUAACUUCUUUGAUAUCCAUAUACGUUUCUCAUAAACAACUCGUUGAUUAUGCUUGUCGUCUGCUUGAUGAAAUUCCCAAGUGGGGUUUCAAUCUUUAUUCUGUGAAUUUGGUCAUUGCAGGCUACUCAAGGGCGGGGAAGUUCGCUAGUGCAAACCGACUGUUUCUCGAAUCACCUUAUAGGGAUGUUGUUUCAUGGAACACUAUGAUAACCGGCUGCGUAAGACAUGGCAGCCUAAAAGAGGCAGUAACUUUGUUUCGUCGAAUGCUCAGUUCUGGUAUUGAACCAGAUGGGUUUACUUUUGCAUCAGUUCUUACAGCUUGCGGUCGAAUUGGAGCUAUUAGUAAUGGAAAAUGGGUUCAUUCUUUGAUGACAGAAAAACAGAUUGAGCUAAAUUAUAUACUGAAUGCAGCAUUAAUUGAUAUGUAUUCAAGAUGUGGAAGAAUUGAAACUGCCAAGGAAGUAUUUGAAAGCGUGAAACGAGAUCAUAUAUCUGUUUGGAAUUCGAUGAUUACAGGAUUAGCAAUGAAUGGACUUGCUUGGGAAGUAAUCGAAAUCUUUACUCGUUUAGAGAGAGAAGAUAUUAAAGCAGAUUCAAUCACCUUUGUUGGAAUCCUAUCUGCUUGUAGCCAUUGCGGACUGGUCGAACAAGGUCGUCGGUUUUUCAAUUCAAUGAGAAGCAAUUACUCAAUUGAGCCUGAGAUUGAACAUUAUGGAGCAAUGGUUGAUCUUUUGGGCAGAGCAGGUUUCUUGGAAGAAGCUCGUGAGAUGAUACAGACAUUGCCAAUGAAGCCAGAUGCAGUUGUGUGGAGAGCACUGUUGAGUGCUUCUCGAAUUCAUGGAAAUCCCGAGAUUGGUGAACUAGCAGCCGGAAAAAUGUCGUCUGAUCUGGGAAGCGGAGAUUAUGUGUUGUUAUCAAACAUUUACUCUUUGGCAAAAAGAUGGGAUUGGAAUUCGAAAGAAGGGAUGAGAAAAAAUGGAAUUCGAAAGAAUCAAGGAUUGAGUUGGAUUGAAGUUAAAGGUGUUAUUCAUCAAUUCAAAGCAGGUGAUCGGUCGGUUCCUGAUUCCGAUAUGAUAUAUAAGGUUUUGGAAAGAGUGAAUGCAAGGAUCAAAGUUGAUGGUUAUGUUCCUGCAAUUGAGUUAGUAUUAAUGGAUGUUUCAGAGGAGGAAAAGGAGGGAAAUUUGAAUUGUCACAGUGAAAAACUUGCAACUGCUUAUGGGAUUUUAAAAACAAGUCGGGAACUGAAAUUAGGAUCUCAAAAAACCUUAGGACUUGCCGUGACUGUCAUUGUUGGUUGAAAAUGGUUUCAAGAGUAUUAAACCGGGUGAUUGUCAUGAGGGAUCGUAUUCGUUUCCAUCGAUUCGA